AUGAUUUUAGUGAAAAGGUUGAGAAGUGGAGAGAAGCACCGGAAGGAAGACCAAAGGUUGAGAAGUGGAGAGAAGCACCAGAAGGAAGACCAAAGGUUGAGAAGUGGAGAGAAGCACCGGAAGGAAGACCAAAGGUUGAGAAGUGGAGAGAAGCACCAGAAGGAAGACCAAAGGUUGAGAAGAAGUGGAGAGAAGCACCAGAAGGAAGACCAAAGGUUGAGAAGUGGAGUGAAGCACCAGAAGGAAGACCAAAGGUUAAGAAGUGGAGAGAAGCACCAGAAGGAAGACCAAAGGUUGAGAAGUGGAGUGAAGCACCAGAAGGAAGACCAAAGGUUGAGAAGUGGAGAGAAGCACCAGAAGGAAGACCAAAGGUUGAGAAGUGGAAAGAAGCACCAGAAGGAAGACCAAAGGUUGAGAAGUGGAGAGAAGCAUCAGAAGGAAGACCAAAGGUUGAGAAGUGGAGAGAAGCACCAGAAGGAAGACCAAAGGUUAAGAAGUGGAGAGAAGCACCAGAAGGAAGACCAAAGGUUGAGAAGUGGAGUGAAGCACCAGAAGGAAGACCAAAGGUUAAGAAGUGGAGAGAAGCACCAGAAGGAAGACCAAAGGUUGAGAAGUGGAGAGAAGCACCAGAAGGAAGACCAAAGGUUGAGAAGUGGAGAGAAGCACCAGAAGGAAGACUAA